AAUGAAGGGCACGCGCACGCUCUAAGGAAAUUCGUCACGACUGCUCGGAGCCGUCAUCAACCAGCCGAAGGUGCAACAUCAACUACAGAAAAAACGCACAGAAAAUAAUAUUUUUGUAGAAAUGAGUGUAAACGGCGAAUGGCGCUCAUCUAAAGUCAGUACUGGGACAACCAUAAUUGCAGUAACAUAUGACGGGGGAGUGGUGAUCGGGUCUGAUUCACGAGCUUCCAUGGGAGGAGAAUAUGUAUCCUCAAGGGUGAUCAACAAAGUUGUUCAGGUUCAUGACAAGAUAUUUUGCUGUAUGGCUGGAUCACUGGCUGAUGCUCAGGCGGUCACAAAUGCUGUCAUCCAUCAGCUCAGCUUUCACAGCAUGCAGAUGGGGGAACCCCCAUUGGUCCAAUCUGCUGCAUCCAUUAUGAGGAGCUUUUGCUAUAACCAUCGAGAUGAACUCAGUGCUGGUUUUAUUGUGGCUGGCUGGGACAGCAAGAGGGGCCCUCAGGUGUUUCAAGUGUCUCUUGGAGGUAUGGUUUUGGAACAAGAGUUCACUAUUGCUGGGUCUGGCAGCACUUACAUCUAUGGAUAUGUGGAUGCCAAGUUCAAGCCUGGAAUGACAAGAGAAGAGUGUCUCACUUUUACAACUAAUGCUCUAUCUUUAGCUAUGGACAGGGACAAUGUAAGUGGUGGAGUUGUGCAUCUUGCCAUUGUGACGGAGAAGGAAGCAGAAAAGCAGUUGAUUCCUGGCAACAAACUGCCUGUGAUACAGAGUUUGGAAUAAGUGGCAACGUGUUUAGCAUUGUAUUAGUUGUUUCAUCUGUUUGUAUUCCAAUGAAUUUGCAUUGUAAAAGAAAGAAUUAAAAACUGUUGUCAUUUCACUUUGAGCAUUACCUUUUGUGCAAACAUGCUUUGCAGAAACAUUUGUUGUUAUUUGAAAAUAAACCCAAAUUAGAGGCAAAAU